AUGGCAUAUCCAAAUAACCCAUCUACAGCUGAGCAACUAUUGAGUGCUUUACCUUCGAAAUUCGAAGAGGCUAAAUCAAGUGGUCAAUUAUAUUUCUUCCCCAGUGAAGCUAAAGAUGUUUAUUCGCAAAACAGACGUUUUAAUCUUCGAUUAUGUCCUGCAUUACAAGAUAAACAAAAAGCAAAAGAAGAUGCAUUAAAAGCUGUUAAAGCUGAAUCUGGAAACGGAUCAACAUCAGCUUCAGCUUCAGCAUCAGCAUCAAAAUCAGGAUCACCAGAUAGGAAACGAAUAAAGACUGAACAAAACUCAGAAGAACCUUUUAAACCUCCCUAUGUUGAAGAACUCUUUCUUAAUAAAUAUUCCUUAUUACCCGAACAUAUCCUACUUUGCCCACCAGUAUACCAGCCGCAAUCAUUACCGCCCACGCCACCUCAGAUAGCUCUAGCUUAUAAUAUCUUAUUAUCAGCUUCGAGACAUCCUACUAGACCUAGAAAAUUGUUGGGUUUCUACAACGGCGGUGAAGGUGCAGGAGCAAGUCAGAAGUGGAGACAUUUACAAUUUGUCGAAUGUCCAGGUGGUAGAGCCCCUAUAGAAGAUUGGGUGCAAGGUGUACAAUUCCCCAGGCCAGACCAAGCGAUUAUCUUACCUUCAGUGCCAUACCUCCACAUAAUACAUCCGUUACCUUCACCUCAUUCGAUACCUUACCCACUCACAUCCGAAACCAACGAACAAUUAAUAGACAUCUUAGCACCUGCUAUGAUGAAGAUGUUCGAUCUCGCUUUUGAUGCUCUGAGGAAUGGUGGCGGCAACAGAGAUGGAGGAUGGAAUCUAGUCAUAACCCUUGAUCAUCUCCAUUUGAUCCCCCGUUCACUUCCUUCAUUCCCAUUACCAUCACCGCAUCAACCACUGGAACUCAACUCAUUAGGAUACGCAGGAAUGAUGCUUGUUAAAUCCCAAGAAGAGCAAGAAACGUUGGUAGCAUCAACUGAAGAUAGAGGUGGAUUGAUGUAUGUUUUGGAGAAGUGUGGUGUGCCUAGACAAUGGGGUGAAAAAGCUAAAGAAGUCGAAAGUAUUCAACAAGGUUCAGGAGAAUUAGAUUUAUAG